GAGAGCUCCUUGGAGAUCGCCAAUCGAAACGCCCUGCGCCCCCGCGCGGGCGCGCGCGCGCGAAAGGCCGGCUGGCCGUUCCAACCCCAUUCCGCCAUGAAGCUGAGCCGCGCGUGCAAGGCCCUGGUGCUUUUAGCGCUGGGCGCCGGAUGGAGCUUCUCGAUGGAGAAAAGGAUACCUCCGGAGCAGCUAAGUGCAGGCGACACUGUGGAUGGGCGCAUCCGGAAGAGGCACUUCUUCCAGGGAUGGUGGGUAGACAUCGGCGCGACCACCGAUGCGCUGCUGGAGUUCGAAGAAGCUGCGGAUGGCUACCCGGAGGGCGGGAUGAAGACAUGGUGCAAGAUGGACUCCUUGAGCGCGCGAGUUUUGGCUGUGGAUGCUGAGAAGAACAAGAUCUGGAUCACCUGCCGCAGCGGGCCGCUGGAUCGACCCCCUCAGUUCCGCCAAUCGCCCACGGAGGAGGACAUCAAAGCCUUCAGCGAUGUGCCAGAGGCAGAAUGGCUGGACGGUGAGGUUUGCGGGCUGGGCCCCAACGGCGCCUGGAUCCGCCUCCGCCACUCAGGGCGAGACUGCCGCACCCUGCUGCCGCGGAAGCACUUCCCGGAGUCCCUCAUUCAGAGCGCGCACUUGGGUAUGAAGGUGCCCGUGCGGGUCACGGACAUAGACGUGGAAAAGAGGCGGCUUUUUAUCAGCGCGCAGGAGGACAAGCAAGAUCCAGAUGCUGCAUAGGCUGACUGGCUGCAAAAAAGGCACGCGCAGGCUGCUUUGCAACGGCACGGUCUUGCGCCUGAGUGAGGUUGCGCAUGUCGUUUGGUUUUUGCAAGCAGCCUGGGAAAUUGC